AUGAGACGUUCGGACUGGCAUGCGGUCACGCCGUACAUGCUUUAUUGCUGUUUUGUCUUCAACGCAGGUAAUGUGUUGUUUGGAAUAGACGUUGCAUCCUUUGGAUCUUUGCAGACUCUCCCGAGCUUUUUGCACCAAUUCGGGCAGCUCAAUAGCAAAGGAGAAUAUGCGCUUUCCACUCAGAGGAAGAGCAUCCUGAACUCAGGCGAGUUCUCCCUUCCUGUCGAGGGCAUGAACUGGACUGGAAAACUGGUCGGAUGUGCCAUUUUCGAGCCUCUCGUGGAGAAUCUUGGAUUUAGAAAGACCAUCUACAUUCUUUCCAUAAUACAGAUCGUCGCAGUUACGCUUCUACUUUCUUCCAAUAGCUGGAUUCAAUUCUGUGCCGGCCGAGUUCUUGCUUACCUCGCUGUCGGCAUCGUCGAACCUACCAUCCCCAUGUACCAAGCCGAGAUGGCACCGGCCGCUCUUCGUGGAUUCUUUGCGGGCAAUGUCCAGGUUCUUGUACAUCUCGGAAGCAUCUGGGGCGCUGGAAUGAGUCGCGCAUAUGCCUACGAGCAAGGGAAAAGGGGAUGGAUGGUCCCUGUUUCUAUGCAGAUGAUCCCAGCUGUCUUACUUCUCAUCUUUACACCGUUUUGUAUCGAGUCGCCCCGGUGGCUGCUCGCUCACGGCCGCAAAGACGAGGCCUUGAAAGCGAUGAACCGCGUAAGGCCUCGAGCUUACGAGGAGAGUGGGAGGACUGCCCGUGAAAUCGACGCCAUCGAGCAGGCCAUCGCAGAGAGCAGGUCGAUGAAUCAGGGUUCAUGGCUUGACUUGUUCAACAGGAAGUAUUUGAGACGCACAAUUAUUGUCACGCUCAUGUUUUUCUUCCAACAAACCACAGGUCAGCAAUUCGCAAACUCCUAUGGCCCUACAUUCUUCAAAUCCAUGGGUCUCGCCCCGGACCGUUUGUUCGCUUACUCUAUCCUUAUUCCACUUGCUGGUCUAUGCGGUUGCAUCAUUGCCGUAUUAACAACCGACACUAUCGGCCGUCGCACGCUCUGUUACAUUGGUGCCGCUCUUGCUACCAUGUUUGGAGCCCUCAUCGGGUCCGUCGGCUCCAAACCAGGAGCUGACAACAACACGACAGACAGCAAUGUUGUCAUUGCUUCCGUGAUCCUCCUGAAUGGUGUCUGUAAGCUCGGUGUGGCAAGCCAGUGUUGGCUCGUCGGCUCCGAGAUUGGCGGAAUUCAGAUGCGAAAGAAGUUGAUGGGCUGGGGCGUUGCUAUAGACGUCCUUGCUGCAUUCUUGGUAACUUUCUUUACGCCAUACCUUCAAGCUGGACCUCAUGUGCAGCUGGGUGCCAAGGUGGGUUACGUCUUCAUGGGAUUGGCGGCCUUGUCUUUCUUCUUCUUCGUUCUGUUCAUGCCGGAGCUCAAAGGCCGGUCGCUGGAAGAGGUUGACGAGCUCUUUGAGCGGAAAUUAUGGGCGUGGCAGUUCAGUAAGGCGAAGACGUACGGAACCGGAAACCAGGUCACUCUGAUCGAAGAUAAUGGCCAGGAGCUCUCGGUGGAGGCUGGAAAAGAACAAGUCACGGCAAUGCAUGUCGAUCAUGCUGAAAAUACGCAGCCAGAGAAUUCGGGCGAGAAAAACCAAGACGUGUAG